CCGUAUUCGUAACUUUACGUUAAAAACUACAUUUCCCAGAGCUGUGGCACAUUUGGGUCAGUGGGACAUGUAGUUUGUAGAAACGUCACGGCCCGAGUAGGAGAACCGUUUUAAAACUACAUUUCCCAUGUGGUGUUUCGCUGGCUGGAGGCAGGAAGUGUGUGGAAGUUUGGCGAUGGAAAAAAAAAAAAAAAAGUUUUAAUGGUUGUUUUCAUGCCAGUGUAAAAAGUUACGUUUCUCUGGGUUGUCGACUCUCAUGAGACUGUGCUGAAGCUGUCUGGAGACACCGAAGGGUGUGUUUGUGAUCUCCCACAGGGACCAGAACAUCAAGAAUAAUGGGGAGCAAACCAGGCCCAGUUCAGAUUGUCAAUGUGUCUAAGGGAGAUCACUCCUUCACCUUGGAGACAAACGCUUUGGCUCAGAUUCUUUUGACUCCGAAGGUCCGAGACAAACGUGUGGUGGUGGUGUCAGUGGCCGGAGCCUUCAGGAAGGGGAAGAGCUUCCUGCUCGACUUCAUGCUUCGGUACAUGUACAGGCGGGAUGACGAGAACUGGCUGGGUCAGGAUGAUGACCCUCUGACCGGGUUUUCCUGGAGAGGGGGCUCAGAACCGGAGACCUCAGGCAUCCAGCUGUGGAGUGAAGUUUUCCUUGUCCAAAGGAGUGACGGUGAAGAGGUGGCCGUGGUGUUGAUGGACACUCAGGGAGCAUUUGACGACCAAUCCACCGUGAAGGACUGUGCCACCAUCUUUGCCCUAAGCACCAUGACCAGCUCCAUACAGAUCUACAAUCUCUCACAGAACAUCCAGGAGGACGAUCUGCAGCAGCUGCAGCUGUUCACUGAGUAUGGUCGUCUCGCCAUGGAUGAGAUCUAUCAGAAGCCCUUUCAGUCUUUGAUGUUUCUGAUCAGGGACUGGAGCUUUCCCUAUGAAUACACCUACGGGUUCAAAGGCGGGAAUCAGUUCCUGGAUAGACGGUUACAGGUUAAGGAGUCUCAACAUGAGGAGCUGCAAACAGUCAGGGAGCACAUUCAUUCAUGCUUCACCAAAAUAUCCUGUUUCCUCUUACCUCACCCUGGUUUAAAAGUUGCCACCAGCCCUGCCUUUAAGGGACAGCUCUGUGAUGUGGCUCAGGAGUUCAAAGAGGAGCUGAAGACUCUGAUUCCUAAACUGCUGCACCCAGACCGUCUGGUCGAGAAAGAAAUAAAUGGAAACAAAGUCACAUGCAGUGGCCUGCUCGAGAUCUUCAAGGCUUACAUCAAGAUUUAUCAGGGGGAAGACCUACCACAACCAAAGACUAUGCUCAUGGCCACAGCAGAGGCCAAUAACCUGGCAGCUGUGGCAACAGCCAAAGAUCAGUAUUACAGGAACAUGGAGAAGGUGUGUGGAGGAGACCUGCCUUAUGUUUCUCCCGAGUCUCUGGAAGAGAAACAUCAAUUUUUCUUCCGAGAGGCUCUUCAUACUUUUGCGUCCACCAAGAAGAUGGGAGGACAAGAGUUUUGUGACCGUUACCAAGCAAAGCUGAAAAAGGAGCUGGAGGAAAUGUGGGAUUCGUACCUGAAACACAACGAGUCCAAAAACCUCUUCAGCGCCUUCCGGACCCCUGCUGUGCUCUUUGUCCUCGUGUGCCUCCUCUACGUGCUCUCUGGCGUGCUUCUCUUUAUCGGCCUGUCCACCUUCGCCAUGUUUUGUGACUGUACUCUGGGUGCCGUCAUGGUGGCCAUGCUGACGUGGGCCUUCAUCCGCUUCUCGGGUCGGUACCGAAAUGUGGGAGGAGCCAUCGACCAGGCCGCAGGUGUUGUCCUGGAGCAGGCCACUGUUAUGUUGAACAAGUCGAGAGGGACGAGCAUACAUGACCAGAAGAAAGCCAAUUAAAGGACCUCCGUACUCUCUUCAUAAUGCAAUGCAAAUGGCGCACACAGCAAGCACACACUCAGCACCCAAAGCCU